CCCCAGGCAUCUCUGCUUGCGUUGCUGCCCACAAUGGCGGACUCAGCGCCGCCCGAGCAGCAGGUCCCGGCCGAGGCCUCGCCUGAUGUGGAGCAGAUUACUUACAAAAUCUCUGAGUUGCUGAAAAAGCCGGAUGCCGAGCUCACACUGGACGAGAAGUUUGCGCUGUGCCGGAGCGUGGGGGAGGAGUGCAUCCAGGAGGCGGAGCUGCGGCGGCUGCUGGAGAAGAAGCCGCACAUUGUGGCGUACGACGGGUUUGAGCCCUCGGGGCGCAUGCACAUCGCGCAGGGCGUGCUCAAGGCGCUCAACGUGAACAAGCUGACCAAGUGCGGCGUGACCUUCAAGUUCUGGGUGGCCGACUGGUUUGCGCAGAUGAACAACAAGAUGGGCGGCGACCUGAAGAAGAUCCAGGUGGUGGGGCGCUACCUGGUGGAGAUCUGGAAGGCGGUGGGCAUGAACAUGGAGCGGGUGGAGUUCCUAUCAUGCUCAGAGGAGAUCAACAAGCGGCCCGACGAGUACUGGAGCCUGGUGAUGGACAUUGCGCGGCGCAACAACCUGAAGCGCGUGCUGCGCUGCACGCAGAUCAUGGGUCGCAGCGAGAACGACGACCUGUCGGCGGCCCAGAUCUUCUACCCCAUCAUGCAGGCAGCAGAUAUCUUCUUCCUCAAGGCCGACAUCUGCCAGCUGGGCAUGGACCAGCGCAAGGGCGCCAGGCCGCGCCUGCGGGCGGCGGUGCACCUGCUGUCGGUGGCGAUGUGCCCUGGCCAGGAGAAGAUGAGCAAGAGCGACCCCAACAGCGCGAUCUUCAUGGAGGACAGCGAGGCCGAUGUCAGGACCAAGAUCAAGAAGGCAUUCUGCCCGCCCAAGCAGGCGGAGGGCAACCCCUGCCUGGCCUACGUGCAGCACAUUGUGCUACCCUGGUUCGACAAGUUUGAGGUGGAGCGGCCCGAGGCCAACGGCGGCAACAUGUGCCCUGCGCAGGUGCGCGACCACUUUGAGCACAACGAGGAGGCCAAAGCGCUUCUGAAGCAGGUCAAGUCGUUCAAGGUGACCAAGUGAUGGGCAGCUCCUCCGGCCCGCAGCUGGAGCGGCGGCGGCGGCUCACACCAGUGACAGCUCGCCCUGCCGUUCCUCCUCCGCGGUGCUCGGCGGUGGCGCGCCUGCUUCUGCUCCAUUUGAUUGCUUGACCGUUGGCACUGCUCAUUCCUUCGACCUCCCCAGCACCGUGCGUAACGCCACCGGUGGCUCC